AUGCGGGCAGGGAAAUUCAGAGCAGCAAUCGACAGGGCAAAGGCUGUAUAUCUCAAGAAAAACCAUUGUGACGAUGAUAUUCCGCCCGUCGUCACCUCGUCGUGCUGGGACCGGCUCCCAGUUGAGAUCCUGAUCAGCAUCUUCGGCCGUUGUCGAUUGCAGGAUGUGGUUAAUUUGAGACUGGCCUCCCGAGCCUUCAACACCCUCAUAGAUGCCCACGAACAGGCCAUAUCGCGGGAAUACCUACGAUUGCGGAGGCAUGGGAGUUUGCCAUCGCCGAUCAACGAAUUAAAAGAAUAUACAAGAGAGCCGGAGGAUGAUGUGAUUCUUCUUUCGGAUCUGUUCCCGCCACCGAAGAUUGAAAAUCGCACCCAAUAUGCGUAUUCGUUUAGGUACCUGUGGAGCUUGCGGAGGAGGCAGGAGGUGUGUUCGAAACUAGCACACUAUCUCGCAGAGAGUGUGUUGGAUAGAUACUUGCGGGAUCCUACUCAUAAAGCAGCAUUUACCUCCAAGAAAGACCUUCAGGUUUGCCAUGAAGGCGGCACAGCGCAGUUGCAAUUCAAGCUUACGCCCCUCAUGUUUUACACUCUCUUCUUCCUCGAAACUUACGCGCAGGCCCGCUACGAACUCCAAUCCAAGCUCUAUGCCACAUAUAAGGCCGGCCGACUCCCCGUCGCUAUCCAGCCCAUUGACCGCACUCUAAUGUUCCGCAAACUUCAAGCCAAAAUCGUCAGUAGCCCUCCAUUCACCAACACCCCGACCCUCGUGUCCACCCACCAUUGCAUCCGCCUCCUUGUCACCUACCUCCGAUUCGCCCUUUCCCCCGAGCCGCCCUUUCACAUGCCCUGCGAUCCGUGGAUCAGCAUGCUGCUCACCACUUCCGGCCUGGGCCGCAUUGCCGAAUUCUUCGCCGCUGAGAAGGGACGGGGCAAUAACCAGCGCAGCAUGCGGAAGGAGUUCAUGCGGAAUAUGCAGGCGGAUUGGGAUGCCAGUAGGAACGAUGAGCAGGCGUCUAAGGUAUAUGGGAGUGGGGAGGAAAGUAGGAGUCCGCCCAGUGUGCAGGAGAUUUGGUUUGAGGCGGCGACGAAUGAAAUGAAGAACCGCGGGGUUCUGCCGCAUAAGACAGAGGAUUGGGUGUUGGUCAGGGAAGGGAUGAAGAUUAGUAUUGGGUGUCAAAACUGUAUAGGGGAGGAAGGGUGGCCAGCAUGA